AUGCAUAAAAAAACAAAAAAAAAGCCCUCAGUAAUGAUCCGACAAAACGCGCUAUAUACACAGACCAAUUCUCACCAAACCACACCGACGAUGAGAUUGCACGUGCUGGAUUCGGUCCCGAAUGCGAGCUGCUAUCUGUUGGAGAUCAGGGGCGUAUCUAUUUUGAUUGAUUGCGGCGCGGAGUGUUGGAGGGGAGAGGACGGGCAUUUCCCCGAGCUCGGCGGCGGUUCUAGAAGCAGCUCCCCGACGCGUCUGAGGGUAUCAUCAAUCGACGCGUCGGCAAUAGACGUGGUGCUGAUCAGCAACUUUCACUCGUUGAUGGCGCUGCCGCACCUGACAGAGCGAGGCGCGUUUCACGGAAGAGUCUACGCGACAGAGCCCACGGUACAGCUGGGAAAGCACCUGAUGUUCGAUCUCGUUGAUCAGGCAGAAGACUCCCCCGCAGGAGCGCGAAAUCGCGAAGACGCCGCCGAAUGGAGGCAUGCGUACGAUAAAAAAAGUGUGUCCUCGUGUAUAGGAAAAAUUCAGACAUGCGUAUUUGACGAACAGAUUGAGCUCUACGAAGGAGUGAGAGUAACGGCGUUGAGCUCCGGAUACACUCUGGGCAGUUGCAAUUGGAUCAUUGAGUCGGAGUACCGGAAGAUAGGAUAUGUGUCUCAUUCCAGCAUGGCGACUCUGAGUGGUGUUCACACACACGCACAGCCAAUAGAACUGGAGGCGUUGAAGGACUGCGACGCAUUGAUAAUAGCUCAAUUGGCGAACCCAGAGAUACAAACACAAGAUCUACAGCUAGCCAAUCUGUGUAAUCACGUUGGGCUGACAAUUAGUGAGGGUGGCAGCGUCUUGUUGCCCAUACCGCAUGUCAUGGUCGUAGCUGACUUGCUUGACACAUUGCACCAGUACUUAAACAGCGUUGGCCUCCACACCAUUCCCAUCUGUUUUAUAUCGCCCAUUUGUGAUUUUGUAUUUCAAUACUUGAAUAUAUCUGCUGAAUGGCUUGAAAAAUCCAAACAGACGCGCGUAUACAUGCCAGCUAAUCCUUUCAGCCAUCUGCAACUCAUAGAAGCCGGGUCUUUGCUCAAGUUUGAUUCCGUAAAAGACCCCAAGUUUACGGCCUGUCUGAAGAAGCCCUGCAUUUUCCUCGCAUCUGAUAGCUCUAUGCGCGCCGGCGACGCGGUACACUUGCUUCACUCACUCAAAAACGACCCAAAAAACGCGGUCGUCGUCAUUGAUCCGGGCGUGACGGACGUCCGCCGCUGUCUCGUGCCGUUCGAGCCCUACCAACUUAAAGUCCACGUGUGUCACCUAGAUCCGCGUUUGCUUGUAUCCGAAGCAGCAUUGCUCAUCGAAACGUGGAGACCCAGGAGACUCGUCCUUCCAUCGGCCCGCUCUGCGUCCUUCCAGCUCCUACAGACACGUGCUGCCUCCGACUACCCAGACAUCGAAGUUUACACGAUUGACGAAGACUACCUAGAGCUCAGUAUAAAAAGGCGCUACGAUCGUGUCUACAUCCAAUAUGAGCUCGCGAAAACCAUUCGACCAAAACCAGUACACGGCUGUACCCGCAUGGCCGCCAUCAAAGCCACUCUUGCCCAGCACGACGGAGAAACCGUUUUGAAGCCAUCUGCAACCAGCAGCAUUCCGUCUGUUGAAAGCCACUCCCCUUUGCAUUCAGCACUAUGCUGGGGACAACCGAUUCCUAGCUCCGUCUUCGCCGAACUCCAGCGACACGAUAGAGUCCGGCAUCUGUCUAUCCACUACGAAAAUACGCCUUCUCAAGAGCCGAUUGUCUUCAUUCGUGCAUCUUCGCCUUCUCCAGCGAUUAUCUCCUUCUCGCCCACCAGUACUACCAUUCGUACCGACGACCAAGAAACGCGCGCAUGGCUCGCGACAAUUCUGCUCAAGCAGCUGUGCCUUGUCCUGUAGAACCCAGCAGACCGAAAGUAGUCUGCGCGAUUCCUCGGACUCCUCGCCCCUAUCACACGUUCAAGCUCCGUGCCCGAACGAGUACAGUCGCAUAAACAGCGCCAUCGACGCCCCUGUAGCGACCACAAACGUCAGAAAAAUCAGCCGCGUCUUCAACGUCGCGUGCUUCAUGUGCGGCCACAACGCAAGCCCAAUAUGCGCGGACGACACCAAAAAAGCCAGCAAAACGCUAACCCAUCUUACCCAGCCAAACGGAAUCGCGCAAAGCACAGCCCCAAUAAUGUACGCAAACACAGAAUAUCCAUAAAGACACAUCACCUUUGGCAGAGAUAUGUCAAAUUCGUCCAUCACGGUCAUCAAACCCCAAAACGCGAGCGGCACCAAUAUCAUGAAGAGCAAAACAAAGAGCGUAUUGACCGGCAAAGUGCUCAAGUCGUAAAAAAACAACUCUUCUUUCUUUCGAUACAUGUAGCCAAAAUACGAUGUCAAAUUUUCGAACAUCGCGAGCGCGAAGAUAAACGUAAUAGACCCCCAUACAUAACCAUACAAA